AUGAGAGUGGCCCUCCUGGCCUUUAGACUGAUGUGCUUGGCCUGGUUGUGGCCCCUCACCUACAACAGCAGCCACUUUCCAAACAAGAGGAGACACAAGGAGCAGUACGGAGAGAGCACCAAACAGAAGCAUGGAGGCCGCGUGGAUCUUAAGAUGAAAAAGCUGGACAGCACCAAGUCUCUGCUAAUCAAAUCUGAGCAGCUGCUUCGGAUUGAAGACCAUGACUUUGCCAUGCGGCCUGGCUUUGGGGGAUCGGCUAUUCCUGUUGGCAUUGACGUCCAGGUGGAGAGUAUUGACAGCAUAUCUGAAGUUAACAUGGACUUCACCAUGACUUUAUACUUGAGGCAUUACUGGCAGGACGACCGUCUGGCCUUCCCCUCUAGCAGCAAUAAGAGUCGUACCUUUGAUGCACGUCUCGUGAAGAAGAUUUGGGUUCCUGACGUGUUCUUUGUCCACUCUAAGCGUUCUUUUAUCCAUGAUACAACCAUGGAGAACAUCAUGCUGAGGGUUUUUCCUGAUGGCAACAUCCUCUACAGUGUCAGGAUCACUGUGACUGCACUGUGCUCAAUGGACUUCAGUAGUUUCCCUCUGGACACACAGAAUUGCUCUCUGGAGCUGGAGAGCUAUGCGUACAAUGAGAACGACCUAAUGCUCUACUGGAAGAACGGGAACGAUUCAUUAAGGACUGAUGAGAUCGUCCUCUCUCAGUUUUUUAUUGAAGACUUCCAGCCUUCCUUUGGGCUUGCCUUCUACAGCAGUACUGGUUGGUACAAUCGGCUCUACAUAAACUUCAUUCUCAGGAGGCAUAUCUUCUUCUUCAUGCUUCAGACGUACUUCCCCACCAUGCUGAUGGUGAUGCUGUCCUGGGUAUCUUUCUGGAUAGACAGAAGAGCUGUACCUGCCCGUGUUUCUCUGGGCAUCACCACGGUUCUGACGAUGUCCACCAUCAUCACUGGUGUCUCAGCCUCUAUGCCACAGGUGUCUUACGUCAAAGCCGUAGACAUCUACUUGUGGGCAAGCUUCCUAUUUGUCUUCCUGUCCGUCAUUGAGUACGCUGCUGUCAACUAUUUCACCACAGUGGAGGAAAUGAAGAAGCUCAAGAGGGCAAAGAUCCCCAGCUCCUACAACGCCACCCAGGCUAUGGCGUUCGAUGGCUGUUUCCAUGACAAUGAGAUUGACCUAGCUUCAUUGCCAGAGGUCUCCAGCACCCCAAAUACAGAGAGGAACACCCAGUCUCGAAACUCUACUGUCUCUGGACCCACAGAGGGCACCAGGCUACGCCGCAAGCACCCUUUAAAACAAAACCUCAGCUUCAUUAUGAGCAACAGCUACAUGAUCGACUCUUACUCCAGAGUCAUAUUCCCCCUGGCUUACCUGCUCUUCAACAUCAUCUACUGGAGUUUGUAUGCAUAG